GAGGUAGUUACCAUUUAAUAACUAGUAAAUAGUAUAGCAUUUUUUUUUCAUACCUAUAGCUAUGCAUCUUCAGGUUUACACCGAAAACGGUAAGCGAGUUUAUACCCUCAAGAAAAUUGACCCAUAUGACAAACCCACACUUAGUGCUCACCCUGCUCGCUUCAGCCCUGACGAUGCGUACAGUCGUCACCGUAUUAUAAUCAAGCGUAGAUUCAAGGUCCUUGCCUCUGAGAAAAAGCCAAAGCCCCUUUAAAAAUUAAUCAUAAUCUCAAUUAAAUACAGUAGAGGGGUUUCUAAAGGAGGAAAUAUCAUUUUAUAAUAAAAAUAUCUCUUAUGCAGUAACAAGCUAAUGAUGUUUUGAAUCAGAACUUAAUUUUUUAAAA